AAUCCUCGCGUCAGAGCUUCUCCCGCCUGUCCCUAUGCCCAGCCUUCCUCCCUGCUGGCAGUCCCCGCUACAGAAAUAUAGACGUGUUUUUCAGCCCCCUUUCCCUGUAGGGGCCGGCUUACCAUGAUAGACGGAAGCGGUGUGGGUUUGCCACAGUAGACAUACAAAAUACACCAAGUGCGUGGCGUGUUUCUUUGGCGCUACCUUAUCUCAAGAGCACACGAUUUAUGACCUCACCUCACGAUAGAGACUUGAUUCAAAGGGAGCCAUCAUGUCGAGCAGAUGUUUCUUCGUCCUUGCGGCGCUUUCGGUCUCGAGCAGUGCUGCUUGGACUAGCUCCCACAGAUUCAACUACAGCGCCCUUAGUUUGAGGGAAGUUGGUGCCCGCAACACAGAGGAGUGGAGGAUAUGGCUCGAAAAGGACGGUGAUCCCAUCUCCUUCUGGCAUGAUGUGCCAGUUUGGCCGGAUGAGAGCAACAAGCAAGUGGUCAAUCUUGUCGUUGAAGUACCCAGAUGGCAAGAUGGUAAAAUUGAACUCAAGAGGAGCGAGCCAUUAAAUCCUAUCGUUCAUGACUCUCUGAAUGGUGCUCCUAGAUACGUGGAGAAUGUGUGGCCACACAAAUCCUACCCGUUCAUCUACGGGUCUAUCCCGCAAACAUGGGAAAGUCCAAAUUACAACCAUUCUUUCACUCAUCUUUUAGGUGACAACGACCCUGUAGACCUCUUCGAUAUCGGUCAAGACCGCGGCUACGUUGGUCAGGUGAAACAAGUCAAGAUUCUCGGUGGUCUUGCCUUGGCUGAUGGCAACGAAACGGAUUGGAAAAUCCUCGGCAUCGACAUCAAAGAUCCCAUGGCGUCCAUUAUCAACUCGUUCGAAGAUGUUGAAAAGUAUCGCCCUGGGACUAUCAAAAUAUUCCGAAACUGGUGGACUCACUAUAAAGUAGCUCGGGGGGAUCCAGUCAUCAACAUUAUCGGGGAUUGGUACCAGAAUGUCACCUAUAUGCAAAGUGUCGUCGAGGAAAGCCACAAGACUUGGGCGGAUUUGAUAAGAGGCGAGGUCGACUCUAACGAAAUCAACUAUAACCAGACUUCUCGACCAGAUGUUCAAAAUAGCUUUGUUAACAAAGCAACAACAACCGCGAAGUUCAACAUCCCAGCAGAGAGCAGAAUCGAUCCUGCUGCCCCAAGACCAGAAAAGGCUGAUCGCUGGUAUUACCUGGAUAGUGACGCCAAUUUGAUUGUUGUCCCUCAGACACAACAAACAUUUCUCAACAAGCAACAGUUCUAGCUUCUUCUUUGAAUAAACUUUCAUUUUCUUUUGAACUGGGUUAGGCACGAUAUGUGUAUGCUGUUCUUUCAGCACCGCCG